GUGUUAUUAAGAAGUUACUAUGCUCAAAUGAAGAAGGAACUCUAUACAGACACAGUGCAGAUGUGCCCAGCCGCAGUUUCUUCACAAGACGCGCGUUACUCUGUCUUCCUCUGAAUGGCGAGACAUGACACACAGGGCUUCUCGUGUAAAAGAAACAGCAAGCUGGACUCGUUCCUCAAGAGGAACCUCGAGCAGAGAGUGUACGAGAGGGUCCGAGCCUGCGAAGCGUGCGUGGUCAUCUCCGAGACCUUCAAGAAAGUGUUCAUGUACGUGGUACUGACUGACCACUGCAUUUAUUUAACAGAAAACCCACCGAAAACUAUACAAGCAGCUGUGCACUUCAGGAACAUCUCCGGGAUCGAGCUGGUAAACGACAUCCCAGAUUUUCUGAGCGGGAGGGAUCGGGAGAGUGCCCAGCACAUCCGUAUCCUCUACACCUCGACAGCUCGGAAGAAACUGGGUAGGUAUGGCCAGGGAGGAGGGACACUGCUGCUGCCAGCCAGAACCGCCAGGAGCUCAUCCCCUCAGCUGCACGUGAAUGGCAGCAGACUCUUCAGUGCUCGAUCAUCACCAGCGAAAAGCGCAAAGAUCAGCAGGCGUGCCACCAACUCUGCACUAAGACUAAGGGGCACCGCAGAGACCGAAGACUUCAGGGUGAAGCAGAGCAGAUCCUCUUCUGACCUGAAGGGCCCGAGUCUCUGUGACAGCAGGGAUCCUCCAGCCCGCCCCCGACCCCUUCCCAGGCCCCCGUCCGCAGCGUCGCUGUCGCCCUGCCUCUCCACCCUGGCACUGGGCUCUCCUCCUGGGCCAGCCAGAGGCCGUGCUCUCCACGCGCGCUCCUCCUCCGUCCUCACAGACUGGGGCCAGCAGGCAGAAGCGAGCGAGCCGCGGGCUGCACGGGAGCUGCACCUGUAUGUUGUGUCCAAGUCCUCGCUCAUAUUCCUGCACUUAAAGAACUCCUGGAACAAUUACAUUAUGCAGUCCACUCUAAUGCAAGAUCCUCAGCACAGCAAGAAGUUCAGGGUUCAAUCGACCUCCCCAGGCCAGGGCCAGAGAACAUGUAGCUCAGAGCAGACGGUGAAGUUGUUCAGUCAGCUGACCUGCGAGCUGUUUCAGGAGGACAGCACGCUGGAGGAGACGUACGCCCUGGUGCAGGAGCUGAAGAAAGCGGCUCAGAGGAACUUCAUGCUGAAGAGGCUCUUCUGGAAAUCCAAUGAUCUGUUUCCUUUCCUGAUCAAGAAACUUUCUGAUUACUUGCCAAAGUCUCAUAAUGUACCUGGACAACUCGACUGGGGCCACCAAGCUGACACGUUUGUGGUCUGUAUAAUGAUUGCGCAGACUCUGGGACUGAUGUUUAGAGAAACAGACACUGAGCCGGCUCGGACCAGCAUCCUUACAGCUAAACGGGGAGCAGUAACACAGACCCUGUUAAUGGCUUUGGUCAGGGAACCCCUGAUUCAUAAUGCAGCGUCCAGGCCUGGUACUGUGAGGGUGGCUGAUUCUGUACCAAUGGACAGGGGCACAGAUACUGAGGUACAGAAGCUGAUAACAGAGUACUCUGAAGCAGCGACUGCUGUUCUGUAUGAGAUCAUUCUCCUCGCACAUCAGGGAAACCUAACGUCAGAUUGGGGACAGUUCAUGACGGUGGGAUGGGUCAUGGCGGUGCUACAGGGAGUGCCCUCCAUGGUGUCCUUCGUUGGCAGUGUAGUGAAAGCUGUGAUCUCGGUGCUGUCUCCACCUCUGCCUCCAUCCCUGCCUCCAUCCCUAUCUCCAGCCCUGCCUCUGCUCAGUCCCAGCCAGGCUGUGCUCUUGUACCAGCAGCUCUACAUCCUCAGCUCCUGUAUUCAGUACAGCAGUAGCUUAGCCAAGGACAUCCGGACAGAGUACAGAGAGGAGUUCAGGUACUACAUCCAGACCCCGUCUCUGGAGGAGAGGUUCCCUUUGUGCUACCCCAUCACCCAGCCCACUGUCAGACUCCUCGCCCAUGUGCUGGAGCUGGUGGAACACAAACCUGCCCCACAGCUCUGAACACAAGGGCAGGAGCGGUCUGCCUGGGGGAGCACCAGCUUAAAAAAUAGAACACAAGUCAAUUAUUGUUGUGUGUGUUUGCAAUUUCAAAUACUAUAUAUAUACAAGGGAUGUCAAAGACUUUGACAGCAACAGUUAUCAGAAACUACCAAUAAACUUGUUUCUUGUAAUAGAA